GUUGGCCGCCUCCGGCCGAGCCCACUUCAUUCUCUCCUCUGCCUCUAAACCAUCAGUAACACACUUCUUCCACCCGUUGUCACUUCUUCGCCACAUCGGCUCCAGAUCAGCAAAUCAAAGAUGUACGACUACGACUGUGGGUUUGAUGCAGAGGCAGUCGCCAGUAAGCUCAGGGAGUUUGGUGCUGCAAAAAGAAAAUAUAAUGAAAUUGGAGGUGCUUUACUUACUCCACAGCCAUCAGACUCAGAAGGGGAAGAUCAUGAAAUCCCCGAGAAAAAACCAUUCAUCAAUGAGAACCUUGCUAGAACUAUUCUGAACAGUACUCCUCCAAGAACACCUAGUCCUCCACAACCAGUGACAUGUGUACAAGUAUCUGUCAUAAUGCAUGUUGAUAAGGAAGGUGUUUGCAGAAAGGAACCACCAAUCUGUCAUGAACCAAGACCAAAUUUCGUUCCAUCUCAGAGCAUGUUAAAAGCAUUGAAGUACAAAAUGAACACUAGAAAACAAGAAGAGAUUGUCAAGAAUUGCAAGGAUACUUCAAGAGAGGAAAACAUUGUAAAAGAAAAGCCAAUUCUGCCAAAACCAGUUCUUCAAGAGGCGGUUUUGUUAACAGGUGGAAAACUUAUUCCUAUCCAAUCUGCAUGUCCACUUGUACUUGUCACUGCACCAGAGACUGAUACAAGAAGACGUAUUUUCCAAUGUGAAGAAGAAGGUUGUGGCAAGAAUUAUUUUAAGUCCUCACACCUCAAAGCUCACAUGAGAUCUCAUACUGGUGAAAAACCUUUUCUCUGCCCCUGGAAAGACUGUGAGCGACGUUUCUCAAGGUCCGAUGAACUCUCUAGGCACAAAAGGACCCAUACUGGAGAGAAAAAAUUUGCUUGCAGUUCAUGUGGACAGAGAUUCAUGAGAUCUGAUCAUUUGGCAAAACACGUUAAGAGGCACGCAAGGGGAACUCAACAAAUUGCCCCAGUCUUAGUCAUACCAACCUCCUUCAGGGCUUGAUCUCAUCCAGACAAUCUGAACCUUUGUACCUGAACAUGCCUGUUACCUCAUCGGAUAAGUCUUCAUGUUCUUUUUCUUUUUAUUUGAAUCAGAUGAAAAGAAAGUCAAUACAACUAUCUAUAUAUUAUUUUUUGCUUUAGGCUCUAGAUAAUAUUUUUUUCAAUCUAAAUAAUUUCAAUUAUUGCGUAGAUUGAUCUGUUUACAACAAAAUAUUAUUUACUAAAUUUUGUUUUACUGUUGCAAAGUAUAUUUUGCUUUAUACUUUGGCUAUAAUUUAUGUUUUAGGAGGAAAAAUGAUUUAUGAUAUUUUGGACAAAUGUAAAUAGAUUUUAAAUAUUUUCUGUUUAAAAAAAAAAUAUUCAUUUUGUAAUUAUUCAUAUCACAUAAUUAUUUACUAAUUCUAAAAAUUAAAUUAAUCCUGAGGUAAUAGGAUAUAUAUGAUAUAUAGGUGUGUGAUAAUUAUAAUAAUAUAAGUUUCAUAAGUCAUUACUAUAAGAAAUCUUUUUAUUUUUGUUGUUUUAUGUGAGUUUAAUAUGACUGUUGUUUAUACCAAAGUUAUUUAAGCAUUCCUAGUCCAGGAAUAUUUCUCUGUUAAAUGUAUAUACUUUAUAAUAAUGUUUUUUCUUAAACAUAAAUGUAUAUAAAAUGUACAUAUAUUUUUCUAUUUAUUUAAUGUUUUUAUAAACAAAAGAAUACAAAUUAUUAAGUCCAUU